AGUAUUGUAUGAAUUGCUUAAGUGUACAGACGCACAUCUCAUUUUGUUUACUUAGAUUUACUACAUUAAUGAAGUAACGGAAGUGCAAUUAUUGUAGCGUUUCUUCAAAGCGUUUCAAGUGACAGUUCAAGUGUUAUAUUUUUGAAUAAAAUAUCUUUUUAUAUUUAAUGUACACUUAUUUGAGGCCACAUUUUAAGAUGUCGAUGAUUAUCAAGCUCUUCUACUUAACAAUGUGUUUCGCGAUUGUUAACAGCAAACCGGCAAAUGACUUCAAAAAAUCUAUUUCACACUUUGAAAUUAACAUAUAUCCAGUUAAUAAACUGUUAACAAAAUCAAUAUUACACAGCGAGUACUCAAGAUAUAAUUCUGAUGAUUUCUUUAAUGCCUUUGAAAAGAUUGAACAUAAUAACAGAUUACUCACAACUAUGUUUCACUUGUUACGUAAUAUUAGAAACAAUUUACCAUCAUUAAACAUAAGUUCUCAAAAUAUAUUCAUUCCUUAUCCUUUAUUGGCUUCAUAUCCAGUUUUAAGGAUAUUGAUAAAUCCAAAAAAUCGUUCUCCUACAUCCUAUGCCACAACACGAUUUCCCGAAAUAAUUUCCGCGACAAAGUCUCCACAAGAAACAACCACAGUACAAGAUUUUGAUGACGAUGACGAUUCAUUUCGACCAAUCACAUUACUUGAUACCAAGUCAGACAAAUUUGAGACUGGAAUGUUGGGUAAACAAUUAAGGAUGAUGCCCGAAGUUGAACAUGGUAGCGUGCAAGCUGGACUACAAUCCGACGUAAAUCUAAACGAGCAGGUGAAGGAUUAGAUGCAAUACAAUGCACGAGAAUUUAAAAAGGUCGCUAGUAACCAAAGAAUUUAGAGAUUCAAAAAUUAUAAAUAAUUUAUAGAUUCAUAAAUAUGUAUACAUAUUACAAAUAAAUAUAUUUUUU